GCGCCGGAAGUGGCUUUGCGGGCAGCGUUUCUUCCGGGUAGAAAAUCGCUUGGACUUUCACCAGGGUACAGCCAGCCGCCAGCCCCCGGGGACCAUGGAGGCCGCGCGACCGCCGGGGACGUUCGUGGUGGUAGGAGGCGGCAUCGCUGGCGUCACGUGUGCCGAGCAGCUGGCUAUUAGUUUCCCAGAGGAAGACAUUCUCCUGGUCACAGCCUCUCCUGUUAUCAAAGCAGUUACAAACUUCAAACAGGUUUCUAAAGUACUGGAAGAAUUUGAUGUUGAAGAACAGCCAAGUACCAUGCUGGAAAAUCGCUUUCCCAACAUUAAGGUCGUAGAAUCUGGAGUGACGCAGCUGAGGAGUGAGGAACAGUGCAUCCUCACAGAAGAUGGCCGUGAGUAUGUAUAUAAGAAACUCUGUCUGUGUGCUGGAGCUAAGCCAAAGCUAAUCUGCGAGGGGAAUCCAUAUGUACUAGGAAUCCGAGAUACAGACAGUGCUCAGGAAUUUCAGAAAAAGCUUACAAAAGCCAGGAGGAUAAUGAUUGUCGGGAAUGGCGGCAUUGCUCUGGAGCUGGCGUAUGAAAUCGAAGGCUGUGAAGUGAUUUGGGCCAUAAAGGAUAAAGCCAUCGGGAAUACAUUCUUUGACGCAGGUGCAGCAGAGUUUCUGACUUCCAAGCUCAUGUCUGAAAAAUCAGAGGCUAAAAUUGCACAUAAAAGAACUAUAUAUACAGUUGAAGAAGCAAAAAAGGAAACCAGAACCAAAUCUAAAGCCGAUUAUGUGGGCAGUGCCCUUGGACCAGACUGGCACGGAGACUUGGCUUUGAAAGGAACUGAAGAGUUUUCUCACAGUAUUCACAUUGAAGACAGAUGUGAAGUAAAGAAAAUCUACCUUCAAGAGGAGUUUAAGAUUAUGAGAAAAAAGUCCUUGGCUUUUCCAAAGGAUCACCAUAAGUCAGUUACAGUUGAUACAGAAAUGUGGCCUGUGUAUGUGGAACUGACCAAUGGAAAAAUAUAUGGCUGUGAUUUCCUCGUCAGCGCUACAGGAGUCAUCCCAAAUGUACAUCCUUUUCUUCAUGGAAACAAUUUUGAUCUCGAAGAAGAUGGCGGCCUGAGAGUGGAUGAGCAGAUGCGCACAUCUCUUCCUGAUAUCUAUGCUGCUGGAGACAUCUGUACUGCAUGCUGGCAGCCGAGUCCAGUCUGGCAGCAGAUGAGAUUGUGGACACAGGCACGGCAGAUGGGGUGCUAUGCAGCCAAGUGCAUGGCUGCAGCUACUAUGGGACAUCCUAUUGACAUGGAUUUCAGCUUUGAACUGUUUGCUCAUGUCACAAAGUUUUUUAACUAUAAGGUUGUGUUGCUGGGAAGAUACAACGCCCAAGGCCUGGGCUCAGAUCAUGAGUUAAUGCUGAGAUGCACCAGAGGACAAGAGUAUGUCAAAGUCGUCAUGCAGAACGGACGCAUGAUGGGAGCUGUCUUAAUUGGUGAAACUGACUUAGAGGAAACAUUUGAAAAUUUAAUUUUAAACCAAAUGGACCUUUCAUCAUACGGGGAGGAUCUCCUAGAUCCAAAUAUUGAUAUAGAGGAUUAUUUUGACUGAAAUUGGAAUCUCUUCAGGAAUACAAAGUACAAAAUAAGGAUAAAAGAAAGUACAUGGGAAAACAGCCACACAGUGAAUGGGCAGUAGAGAAGGCAGAAGCUAGAUUCGGGGUUGGAAAGAAAUAAACAAAAUUCUUAGGAUGAAUUCAUUUAAUGACUAAUUUGCAGAAGAACAUUCCUAAUACAGAGUUGACAAUAAACCUGACUCAUACAGGUGCACCAGUCAGGCUGGGGUCAGGAGGCUGGCUGUCUUGAUUUACUUAGAAUGUGCAGAACCUUCUUGCUGAUACACUCGGUAUUGAUGACUUAUUGUUUUUAUCUGAAUUAUAACAGCAGCUUUUCUCACCAGAAGUCGUCUACAUUGCUCAGCUUAAAAUGUCACCCACUCGGAAAGGUGAGCCCAUGUCAGCAUAGUACUGCUUUAAAGGAGAGUCACAUCAGAAGAUAACAGCUAGUUACAGCAAGGCAAACGGCUGACAAAAGUUAUGUGGACUUAAUGUGAAAUAUAUUACAUUUAGACAACUUUACAUAAAAGUUGUAUUUUUCAUUAUUGUAUAAGGUAAGCUCUGAAAAUACAGCUUUAUAUGUAUAAAACAAAGUUUUUUCAAAAAUUAUAGCUGAUUAUAAAAAUGACCCAGACAUAAACAUACAUAAACAGUGAGAUUUUACAUGA